GCAGUCAGUCUCGGCGACUCAGUGUGCGCUGGUAGGGCGCAGCGAGCUAUCCGCCCUGGUGUAGAGUUGCGUCGGUGAGCUGAGUGGAGGAGCCUCUCUCUGUCCAGCAGCAAACAGAGGAGUCGGGCUUUGUGAGUAUGGCGGUCGAGGAGGAAGGUCUUCGGGUAUUCCAGAGUGUAAAAAUCAAAAUCGGUGAAGCCAAAAACAUUCCGCCAUACCCAGGCCCCAACAAGAUGAGGGAUUGCUACUGUACUGUCAACCUGGACCAGGAGGAAGUGUUCAGGACCAAGAUCGUUGAGAAGUCCUUGUGUCCGUUCUACGGCGAAGACUUUUACUGUGAAAUCCCUCGGAGUUUCCGCCAUCUCUCCUUCUACAUCUUUGACAGGGACGUGUUCAGGAGGGACUCAAGCAUUGGUAAGAAAUGCAGUGGGCAGCCUGAGUAUUUUGUAAUUUCCCCGCUAAUUACAUUGCAGGGGAAGGUCCACGUCGAGCUGCGUCUGAGUGAGGUCAUCACCGACAGUGGCGUUGUCUGUGUCAAGCUGGCCACACGUGUGUUGGAGUGCCAAGGACUGCCAAUCGUCAACGGGCAGUGUGACCCAUACGCGGCCGUGUCCCUGCUGGGGCCCACCAGGUCGGAGGCCAAGAAGACCAAAGUGAAGAGGAAGACGAACAACCCCCAGUUCGACGAGGUCUUCUACUUCGAGGUGACGAGGCCACCCAGCUACACUAGACGGCACUUUGACGUGGAGGAAGAGGAUGUGGACAAGAUGGCUGUCAGGGUGGACCUGUGGAACGCCAGCAACUUGAAGUUCGGUGAUGAGUUCCUGGGGGAGGUUCGCAUCCCGCUGAAAGUCCUGGGCCAGUCAGGUCUUCACGAUGCAUGGUACUUCCUGCAGCCCCGGGACAACGGCAGCAAGUCAGAGAAGCCGGACGACCUGGGCUCGCUGCGGCUCAACAUUGUUUAUACGGAGGACCACGUCUUCCCCUCGGAGUCCUACAGCCCCCUCAGAGACCUGCUCCUGCUCUCUGGCCAAAUGGAGCCUGUGUCAGCGUCUGCAGCUCACAUCCUGGGUGAGGUUUGCCGGGAGAAGCAAGAAGCCGCCAUUCCCCUGGUCCGCCUCUUCUUGCACUAUGGGAAAAUCGUGCCUUUCCUGAGCGCCAUCGCCAAUGCGGAGGUCAACAGGACACAGGAUCCCAACACCAUUUUCCGGGGGAACUCGCUGACCUCCAAGUGCAUAGACGAAACCAUGAAACUGGCCGGCAUGCACUACCUGCAGGUGACCCUGAAGCCCGUCAUCGAUGAGAUAUGCGCCGACCACAAGCCCUGCGAGAUCGACCCGGUGAAGCUGAAGGAAUCUGAGAACCUGGAGACCAACAGGGAGAACUUGCGUCAGUACGUGGACCGCGUCUUCACCGUCAUCACCAAGUCUGGGGUCAGCUGUCCCACAGUCAUGUGUGACAUCUUCUCCUCCUUGAGGGAGUCGGCAGCCAAACGUUUCCAAGAGGACCAGGAUGUGAGGUACACUGCGGUCAGCAGCUUCAUCUUCCUGCGCUUCUUCGCCCCGGCCAUCCUGUCCCCCAACCUGUUCCAACUGCGGCCGCACCACCCGGAUCCCUCUACCUCUCGAACCCUUACCCUGAUCUCCAAGACCAUACAGACCCUGGGGAGCCUUGCCAAGUCCAAGUCCGCCAACUUCAAAGAGUCCUUCAUGGCAACAUUUUACGACUACUUCAACGACCAUAAAUAUUCAGAUGCUGUGAAAAAUUUCCUAGAUCUGAUCUCCUCGUCCGGGAGGUGGGACCAGAAAAGCAUUGAGACGCCGAUCAUGCUGAAAGAGGGAUUCAUGAUCAAAAGAGCUCAGGGGAGGAAUCGUUUUGGCAUGAAGAACUUCAAGAAGAGAUGGUUCCGUCUCACCAACCAUGAGUUCACCUAUCACAAAAGCAAAGGAGAGAGUCCACUGUGCAGUAUUCCCAUCGAGAACAUCCUGGCAGUUGAGCGAUUAGAAGAGGAGUCCUUCAAGAUGAAAAAUAUGUUCCAGGUCAUCCAGCCUGAGAGGGCGCUCUACAUCCAAGCCAACAACUGCGUGGAGGCGCGCGAUUGGAUCGACAUCCUAACGAAAGUCAGCCAGUGCAACCGGAAGCGGCUGAGUACUUACCACCCGUCGGCAUACCUCAAUGGACACUGGCUGUGCUGCAAGCACUCAGCUGACUCCGCCCCCGGCUGCACCCCCUGCACAGCUGGUCUUCCCGCAAACAUCCAGCUGGAUGUCGAUGGAGACCGUGAGACAGAACGCAUCUAUUCACUCUUCAGCACGUACAUAGCCAAGCUGAUCAAGAUGCAAGAGGCGUGCGGCAGCAAGUCCGUGUAUGACGGGCCGGAGCAGGAGGAGUACUCCAGCUUCAUCAUCGACGACCCCCAGGAGACGUACAAAACACUGAAGAGCAUCAUCACUGCAGUGCAGGCCCUGGAGCAAGAGCACGCUCAGUACAAAAGGGACAAGUUCAGAAAGACCAAGUAUGGCAGCCAGGAACAUCCAAUUGGAGACCAGAACUUCCAGUGCUACAUUCGGCAGCAGUCGGAAUGCUCCACCUACUCCAUCUGACCGCAACCAGCGGUUGCCAUGGUGCUCUGAGCGCUGGCUGACUUGGUGUUCCACCUCCCACGAGAGAGAGAGACAGACAGAGAGAGGCGCCCCGCAAGGGUCCUGAAAACGGAACCUGCGCGUAUGAGGACAUGGGAUUAUCCUGUGUAGAAGUGUAGCGUGAAGAUUAAGGGUCAAGCUAAUUCCAGUAUUUUCUAUGAAAUACUAAACUAAAGGACAGCUCUUCACCACACGGUGUGACCAAAGCGAUGCACUUUAAUCAUCCCGAACUGAUGGAUGAUGCAGCUCUGCCUUACGGCACAUUUUAAAUUUUUAUUCUGUGAGAUCCUUUUGUUUUUAAUCCGUUCUGCGGAUCGGUUCAUUGGCCGUUUUAAAAAGCUCUUAAAAAGCAUAUUUAGUGUUAACCUAUCCACUGAAUUUCAAGGCCGAACUCUGCGUCCCCAGAAACCACAUACUGCUCAUCAGGUGUUAUAGACGAGUGUUGUUGCUGUGUGUGUGUGUGUGUUCAUCUCAGCAAGGGUUAAAUGCAAAUUCCCGUGUGUGCACACCUACCUUUCACUGCACGAUACGACUCUUUUCUUCAGUGUGUUGGUGAGAUCCAGUUAAAACAUUUUUUUAAUCAAUGCAUUUUUAUUAACCAGAAUCACAUACAAAUUGUACCCUAAUUUUAGCAGAAAGUCUUUGUUCAUUUAAAAGCAUUUUCUGGGUCAAAAGUCAUAAUAACCAUUGUGAUCAUCCUUCUGCCAGUUCCUACUCUGAAAUGGUAUUUUCUUCAAUCCAGGGGCGAUUAAGAGCUGCAUAGUCAAAUUAGGAAAUUAGGAAAUUAGGAAAUUAACCUCCAUGAGUGUUUGCAGCAAUAUCCCGAGUAUUUAAAAAAAAAAAAAAAAAGAAAAGAUAUUUUCAGAUACUGUAGUUUUCUAUGUCAUUGUUUGUACACUCAAAUUGGAAGUCUGUGCAGUGGGGUUUUAAAAAUUCAGAAUGUUAGACCAUUAUGGAUAUAAUUUUACUUAAUGUCAAGGCUUUUUUUAAUAUUGUGUGGAAAUCUCUUAAACAUAAUGUCUGUCAAGCUUUGUGUUUACUGUGGAAUGUUGUUCAGUGAUAGAGGUGUCAGAUACCGGUCAAAGAAGCAUGAUUUUUGUCUGUAUGUUUAUGGUUUUAGGUGCCUGAGCAGGACAGUGUGUGCGCGCACCCACGAACUGGCGAGCGAGAGUGCGCGCGUCAUCGUGUGUGCGCUUUUUGUUCAUAUAUAUACAUUUCUAAGGAAGAAAGGUUUUGGUUGGGCGGUUGUUUUUUUCCCCCUGAGGUGACACUGCGAGCCAGAAGUUACAGGCUUGCCGGUAACUUGGCUGGCAGGGUAGCACAGCGAUGGAGCGGCUCACCGGCGUAGUGGGAACGUGUGGUCCUGCGCCCAUGGGAGCGCCAUUCCGCUCCGCACGUAACAGGCUCGCAUCACCGUGGCAGCAGUGUUACGAAAGCUGCGCUUAAUUUUCAAGAUUGACUACGGAGUACCUCUGCCGUUUUUCUUUUGAGGAUUUUAGGAAGGUUUGGUUUGAAUAAUGGACGUUGCUCAAUAGUGUGCUCUCAGAAUAUUUUAGUAUUUCUCUCACUAAAGGUAAAAAGUUUUAAAGGUCUGGCACUAUCCAUAAACAGCAAUCAAAAAAAUGUCAGGCAUGACAAUUGUGAUUACAAUUAAAACAAUACAUCAGUCACCCAAUCGAUAUCUCUUAAAUUCCUCAAAAGAAAAACAACAGGACAAACUAUGUAUUUUUAUACGGAUAUAUGAAAGUAAAUGUACAGAAAUAAGGUUGAUAGAAACCACUCCCUUUGGUUAAAUGAAGGUAUUAAUAAUA